AUGACAUCUCAAUCAGUUGUGUUUUUAGAAAAUCAAGAUGUCAAGUCUUGUCUGAGAUGUAAAGAAUUAAUGGCCGUCAUAUUAACUAGGAAUGAAAAAUUUUGCAAGCAAUGUUAUCUUAGAUUUGUAAGAGGAAAACAGAGAAAGCAGAUGCAAGACGAGAGUUACAAGGUAAAAUAUAGCGAAGCGUUAAAAAGAGUGGGCAUGCAGAAAGUUCUUCUUCCUUGGUCUGGUGGAAUGUCUUCUUUGGUUUUGGUGGAUGUCAUAGGAACAUUAUUACAAGAACAGCGCGAAGCACACAAUGGAAGACAAGGCUUUGAAUUGAUGAUCUUACAUAUAGAAGAAGAAGAAAGCGACAGUUUGAAAAAGAAUGUGAGGUUUGCUUUGAGUGAACUAGUUCACAAGUAUAAUCCUGUUCAAAUCAAAUUUAAAAUUUUGUCGCUCAAUUCAUUAGCAAUAGAUCCAUCCCUAAUCAAAAAAAUUGAAAUAAAUAAUAGCUUCGAGGGACUAUGUCGGCCUAUUAAUUUGAAAGAGGGGAUAACUGUCAAGGAAUUAUUGAGCUCAUGUGCUGAUAGGUCAUCAAGUGAAGAUUUACUUAAUAUAAUUCGUGACGAUAUAAUCAUAAGAACUGCUCAUUUGGAAGACUGCAAAACUAUAUUGUAUGGACAUAGUAUGACCAGGAUCGCAAAUGAAGUCAUUUCUUUGACAGUUAAAGGUAGGGGCGCGUCAAUUCAUAAAAGCGUAUCUGACCAUGCAACUAAUUACAAGGAGAAAUCAUUUAAUAUUAUCUACCCAUUAAGAGAAGUGCUAUUAGUCGAAGUUGCUGCUUACUUGGAGAUUGCAUCUUUAAAAAGUUUUGUCAUCGAGUCGACGAGUCCAAGGUCAAAAAUUACAAAAAAUAUGACAGUCAGAGAUUUAGUAACCCAAUACUUCACUCAUCUAGAUGAAACAGGAUAUGCAUCAACUGCAUCGACGGUAGUGAAAACGGGUGAGAAAUUGGGUGAGCCUAAGUUCGAACUGAUUCUGUCUAACUGCCAGGUAUGCGGCGUGAAUAUUCAUCAAGAUCCAAAGAAAUGGCUAAGCGACAUUACUGUUACCGAGCCUGCAGCACUAGUCGAUGAUGAGCAACGCAAAUAUGCUGAUAUGGUUAGUAGUAAAGCAAACGAAGUUAUUUCUAAUGACCUGGAAACACCUAUAAACCUUUGUUACGGUUGUACCAUUACAAUAGCAAUGCUGAGUAAGAAUCGCGAAGUCCUUUGGCCUAUUACGGAUUCUGGAAACGAUCAAUCUAUAUUAGACAUGUAUAUUUUAGAUGAUCUGCUGUAA